CGCCCACGACACCCACUGAAUUCUUGCAAAACCAAAAGACCGCCAACAGCCGCCGCCAAUCUUCCCGUAAACCCUAUUAAAUACUAACCCCAUACCGACCUACCCACCACCACUCACUGCAAAAGCAAUUCUAAUCUAAGGGAUAGAGCAAAGAAAGAGAGAAAGAUGUGUAAAGGUUAUGAGCAGAAGGAGAGGGAGAGAUUGAAGAUCAAAGCCUUUUAUCUCCGUUUAUGGGUUUCAAAUACGCGUACAUGUUUACCGGAUUCUAUCACUCUCUAUUACCUCCCUCGAAUCAAUGGAUCUCCCUUGGAGAUCUGCGACUCCAAGAUCCAAGCCGACUCUCCCGGGUUUGUGACGCUCUAUAGGGUCGUGUCCGGGGUAGGGACGACAAACAAAACGGUGAUAUUCGGGAGCAGAGAGCGGGUGAGGGCAAGCGAAGGAGUGAGGUUCGAGGUGUACAUGAGGGACGAGAAGGUGUUCAAGGGUAGUUUCAGGAAAGAUGAGAAUGACGAGUGGAAAGUGGAGUGUAAGUGUGUUUUGGAGAGAGAGAUGGUUGGGGUGGAGGUGAAGGAGGCCGAGAUUUCAGUGGCGGUGGACGGGCAGGAGCCGGCGAUGAUGAGUGAGAAGGUGGAGGUGGUGGUGAGGAGGAAGACAAGGGCCAAGUACUGUUUUCAGGGGCUGGAGGAGAUACCGGAGGAGAGAGAAGUCGACGAUACUACUGAUCAAUCAGACGCAUGUUGCUGCUGCUGCUGCUGUUGUUCCUCUGCAGACGACGAUGAGAUGGAGAAGGGAUCGGACGGUGGAGAUUGCGGGGAAAUGAUAGAGACAGAGAUGGAGGGAGUCAGAUGGGCCGUAGACGUUGGGUUUUGGGUCAUGUGUUUAGGAGUCGGAGUCGGGUAUUUGGUUUCUAAAGCUUCUUCCAAAACCUUAAGGCCCAGAAGACUGUUAUGACGGAAAUUUUGAUUUUGAUUUUGAUUUUGAUUUUUUUUUUUUUGGGUACAAUUACACUUGAAUUGCUAAAAAAUAAUGUAAAUUAUUAGUAUGAUUUUACAUUUGAAUGCCCGUUUCAUUUUCAAUUCAGUGACACAUCUUUAUUUCU